AUGAAGACCCAAAUUGAGCAUCUCAAAUUUGGAUGGUCUUCAGUAUUUUUAGUUAUGGGAUUAGUCUCAUCUGUUCUUCCACUGUUCAUUAAAAGCAUUUCUUUUCUAUCAGUCCUCGAUUCUUUUGCUGGCGGAGUUUUCUUAGGCGCUGCUCUUGUGCAUUUAAUACCAGAAGGUAUCGAGAACUUGAAUAAAUCCGAAAUUCCUCUCGGAUCACUCCUUUGUUUAGCUGGAUUUCUUGUUAUGUACCUUAUAGAAUCAUUUGGUUCUCAUGGUCAUGAUCAUGGAGCUUCACACAAUCACGAUCAUGAUAAGAAUGGAAAACAUAAUGAUGAACUCGCAGAUGAUCACAAAGUAAAGGCAAAAUUAAUAAAUCGCUUAUCUCCAUCUUCAAAAGCAAUAUAUAUUGCAUUACUUUUCCAUUCAUUUGUUGAAGCAAUCUCAUUAGGCGUUGUUAACGAUCUUACAGUCUUGAAGUCGUUGAUUUAUGCUUUAGCUGGACAUUAUCCCGCUGAAGUAUUUUCACUUGGCUUACAGAUUUUCGGAAACAAAAUAUCUAAGACCAAGUACUUUGCAAUGAUGUGCUUCUAUUCAUUUGUUACUCCAUUUACAAUAAUUGCUUCAUAUUACGUUGGAAAAGCUUGUAAUGAAACAGUAUCCGGAUGUGUUGUUGCGAUAUCAUCAGGAAUAUUUGCUUUUGUUGCUUUUCAUGAAUUAUCCGAAGCUCUUGAGAAAAUCCAUGAAUCUAAUGGAAAGUCGAAGUUUUAUCACCUUAUUGCCAUUUUAAUUGGAGCUUUAUGGAUGGCCGGAUUAGCCAUUGGCGACCAUGAGCAUGAACAUGGCCAUCAACACCAUCAUGAUCUUUAA